CGGCGUGUGGAUAACUCCAACACGAGACUGGUGGUCCAAAUUGAAAAGGAUCCAGGGAAUGAUGACAAUAAUCUUAAUUCCAUCUUUUAUGAGCACCUGACAAGGGCCCUGCAAGAGUCCCUCUGUGGAGACUUAGCUCUUGGUCGAUGGGGUAACUACAGCUCUGGCGAUUGCUUUAUUUUGGCUUCAGACUACCUCAACGCUUUUGUUCACCUGAUUGAAAUCGGAAAUGGUCUUGUCACCUUUCAACUUCGAGGACUGGAAUUUCGAGGAACCUACUGCCAGCAGAGAGAGGUCGAGGCCAUCAUGGAAGGUGAUGAGGACGACAGAGGCUGUUGCUGCUGUAAACCGGGCCACCUGCCGCACCUGUUGUCCUGCAAUGCCGCAUUCAACCUCCGCUGGCUCACCUGGGAGAUCACACGAACACAGUACAUCCUGGAGGGCUACAGCAUCAUAGACAACAACGCGGCCACCAUGCUACAGGUUUUUGACCUGCGUAGGAUCCUCAUCCGAUACUACAUCAAGAGCAUCAUAUACUAUAUGGUAACGUCCCCCAAACUUCUCUUGUGGAUCAAAAACGAAUCACUUCUGAAGUCCCUGCAGCCUUUUGCGAAGUGGCAUUACAUUGAGCGUGACCUCGCAAUGUUCAACAUUAACACCGAUGAUGACUACGUCCCGUGUCUCCAGGGGAUAACACGAGCCAGCUACUGUAACGUUUAUCUAGAGUGGAUUCAGUACUGUGCGCGGAAAAGACAAGAGCCUUCCAAGAACCUGGACAGCGAUGAGGAUUCUCCUCUAGUGACCCUGUCCUUUGCCCUGUGCAUCCUGGGGAGGCGAGCUCUGGGAACGGCAGCUCACAACAUGGCCCUCAGCCUGGACUCUUUCCUGUAUGGCCUUCACACCCUCUUCAAAGGUGACUUUAGAAUAACAGCGCGAGACGAGUGGGUAUUUGCCGACGUGGACCUUCUGCAUAAAGUUGUCGCCCCGGCCAUCAGGAUGUCCCUGAAGCUUCACCAGGACCAGUUCACUUGCCCUGAUGAAUAUGAAGACCCAGGGGUCCUCUAUGAGGCCAUCCAGUCCUUCGAGAAGAAAGUCGUGAUCUGCCACGAGGGCGACCCGGCCUGGAGGGGCGCUGUGCUGUCCAACAAGGAGGAGCUGCUCACCCUGCGUCACGUGGUGGACGAGGGCACUGACGAGUACAAGGUCAUCAUGCUCCAUAGGACCUUCCUGAGCUUCAAGGUGAUCAAGGUUAACAAAGAAUGUGUCCGCGGCCUCUGGGCCGGGCAGCAGCAAGAGCUCAUAUUCCUUCGCAACCGCAACCCGGAGCGCGGAAGCAUCCAGAACAACAAGCAGGUCCUCCGAAACUUGAUUAACUCCUCCUGUGACCAGCCCCUGGGGUACCCCAUGUACGUCUCCCCACUAACCACGUCCUAUCUAGGGACCCACAGGCAGCUGCAGAGCGUCUGGAGCGGCCCCGUCACUUUGGACGGCAUCAGGACGUGGUUCCGAACCAAGUGGUUAAGGAUGCGGAAGGGCUGUAACGCCGGCCAGCAUGGUACAGGCAACAUCGAAGACGUGGAUGGGAGGGCUGCCCCGUCCGCGGGAGGCGGCCACGCUCCGGGCGGCGAGAGCCAGGAGAGCAGCACGGAGCAGCCCAGAAAAGAUGGGACCCACCACUGGUCACCACACGAAGGGACACAGAGGACAGGCGGGAGGAAAGGCCGGAGCCAGUCUGUCCAAGCACACGAGGCGUUGAGCCAAAGGCCGCCCGUGCUGAGCUCAUCGGGCCCCAUCCUAGAGAGCCACCCGGCCUUCCUGCAGACGUCCACGUCGGUCCACGAGCUGGCCCAGAGGCUCUCGGGCAGCCGGCUGUCCCUGCACACCUCGGCCGCGUCCCUGCACUCGCAGCCCCCACCGGUCACCACCACGGGCCACCUGAGCGUCCGCGAGCGGGCCGAGGCGCUGAUCAGGUCCAGUCUGGGCUCGUCCACCAGCUCCACCCUGAGCUUCCUCUUCGGCAAGAGGAGCUUCUCGAGCGCUCUGGUCAUUUCUGGACUCUCUGCCGCGGAGGGGGGCAACACCAGCGACACCCAGUCGUCCAGCAGCGUCAACAUCGUCAUGGGCCCCUCGGCCCGGGCCGCCAGCCAGGCCACACGGCACCUCUCUGAGCCGUGUGAACCCACCGAGGCCACCGAGCAGGGGCAGCUUCACGACCGCCGUCUGGCUGAGGCCAUGGCAGAGAACGGGGGGCUGAUGUGCAGGAGAGCAAGCCAGGAGGACAUGGGCCUGGACGACACGGCUUCCCAGCAAAGUGCGUCCGAUGAGCAGUAGGGGGCAGGGCUGGCCAGGAGCCCCUCCUGUGGAAAAACGAGAGCUGCUGUAGCCAACAGUGACUUUACCUCGGGUUCUGGAAGAGUCUCACGUGAGGAUAAAACACGGGGCAGCACACCCCCUUCCCCCGACACGGCUCCAAGCCACCCCUGGAGCCCCCCAGACGUGGGACGCACAACACACUUUCCAGAAUUUGAAAAUUCUAACAAAAAGCCAUGUAAUAUCUUAAAUAGAGUAAGUAGAGCACAUAAAUAACUCUUUCCUGCCCUGAAGAAACUAAGACAAGUGCAUGUUAAUAAUUGGCAUUUUAUACAUUACCGUUACCAUGUUAAAGGGACAGCAGCACCCAUCGUACCAUCCGCUGGUCAAACGCAGUAGGGUUCAAUCUACGCAUAAAGAAAACCUCACUUCCUUAUAAUAUUUAUGCAGACGUCAAGUCAGUAUAAGCCAGCGGCAGCUUUUCUGCAAGAAACGUGGUAGUGCAUGAAGUUGGGUCUAAAGUAUCCCGUGAGAGAUCCAGCGACGCUAGUGACCCAAGUUUAGAAAUCUAGGCCUGUGGGAGCACGGAAAGCCAUUUGGAAUCCCAUGACGCUCAACUGUAGUCCCCGGCUUCCCACAACCAGGCCUGUCUCGCCCGGCGCUCCCAUACGCUCACAGGAAUGUUCGCUGGUUUUCCGAGCCGAGCGAUCCUUCCCGUGUCACAGAACACUUGC